GGGCUCUCGUGUAGUCUGUGGCAUCAUGGCGGUCGCUACGCACCGUCUGUGCGGGAAGCUGUGCAGUAUUUUAGUAGUUUUAGAAUUAUUAUUGACAUUUGUAACAGCCAGAACAGCCCCAAUCGUUAACUCUGUUUCAGUUCUUCGCGAAAGUGUAGUGACGAACGUCAACAACGAGGAGUUUUAUAAAUGUUUACUGUUGCUUGUAGGUCAGAAUUUUUACAGUGGAAUGAAGGUUAAACCGGCAGCGAAUUUUUUGGAAAAAGGCAGUGAGUGCGGCAAUGAAAGUGAAAAGGAAAAAUACUCGUCUAGUACAGUUUGGGCCAACACAACAGUGGCCCAUGUGGCAUUGUGGAUUCCGUUGACAUCCAAAGUGUUUGCUAAGGGUUGUGUUUACAUUUGUGCGAGUGAGUCAAAUAUGCCAGGUACGUUCGGUGGCGAAGUAAUCAAAUGGCUGUAUCAGGGUGAAAACGUGGCAUUUAGGACUACAAGCGGCGACGUGAAGACUCGUUUACUUAAAGAAAAUGACCCCAUUGAUGGCAAUUUCGUGGAGCAUUGGCACCGCCGGGUGCGGCGGCAGGACGACCCGCCGGCGGGCGGCUGGAGGGUGUCUGGCGAGGCCGCCGCCGCCGCAGCGCUCGCCCCCGAGGAGGAGCAGUCCCCGCCGCCCCCGGCGUCGGCCAGGCCCCAGCUGACGGGCCUGCGCGCCGAGAGCGCCGAGCGAGAGCCGUCCCUCGGCGACGACGGCGUGGUGGAACUGCUGUCGGGCAGCGGCGCCGAGCUGCGCCUGUUCGGCACGGGGCUGACCGAGCGCACCACCCUCACCUUCACGACGCAGGCGCUGUACCGCGGCGAGCUGUGCGAGUUCCCCAUCGGCGUGACCUACCCGGUGACCCGGGUGCAGGACGGCUCGGGGCUGGUGCCGCUCACGGUCCCCUCGCAGGCCCUCGCCAACUCCACGCUGUACGUGUGCCUCAAGGACCCGGACAGCGACCCGGCGUGGCGCCACCAGGGCUCCGCCACGUGGCUCGCCAUCCGCACCUACGACAAGCUGCUGCCCGUGUGGGCCUCGUGGGCCGUCAUCUUCAUGUGCCUGUGCUUCUCGGCGCUCUUCUCCGGCCUCAACCUCGGCCUCAUGUCCAUGGACCAGACGGACCUGAAGAUCGUGUCCAACACGGGCUCGGAGAAGGAGCGGCGGUACGCGCGUGCCAUCAUGCCCGUGCGCAAGCGCGGCAACUACCUGCUGUGCUCCAUCCUGCUGGGCAACGUGCUCGUCAACUCGUCGCUCACCAUCCUCAUGGACGACGUGACGUCGGGGGUGGUGGCCAUCAUCGGCUCCACGCUGGCCAUCGUCAUCUUCGGCGAGAUCAGCCCGCAGGCGAUAUGCUCGAGGCACGCGCUCGCCAUCGGCGCCAACACCAUCUUCAUCACCAAGAUGGUGAUGGUGAUCACCUUCCCGCUGUCCUACCCCAUCAGCAAGUUCCUGGACUACCUGCUGGGCGCCGAGCUGGGCAACAUGUACACUCGCGAGCGUCUCAAGGAGCUCGUCAAGCUGACCACCGAGUACAACGACCUGGAGAAAGAUGAAGUGAACAUCAUCUCUGGAGCCCUGGAGCUGCGGAAGAAGAUCGUGAAGGACGUGAUGACCAAAUUGGAGGAUGUUUUCAUGCUCGAUAUCAACACUAUCCUAGACUUUGAGACUGUGUCGGAGAUAAUGAAACAGGGCUACUCGCGCAUCCCGGUGUACGAGGGGCGGCGCACCAACAUAGUGACGGUGCUGUACGUGAAGGACCUGGCGUUCGUGGACCCCGACGACAACACCCCGCUCAAGACGCUGUGCCGUUUCUACCAGAACCCCUGCAACUUUGUGUUCGAGGACACCACCCUGGACAUCAUGUUCAAGCAGUUCAAGGAAGGAAUCAAAGGUCACAUGGCGUUCGUUCAACGCGUGAACUCUGAGGGCGAAGGUGAUCCUUUCUACGAGACGACCGGACUGAUUACGCUGGAAGACGUUAUCGAAGAAUUGAUUCAAGCAGAAAUUGUUGACGAGACCGACGUCUGGAUGGACAACCGUUCGAAACGUCGCCGGACUGCGAAGGCGCUGAAACAAGACUUCACUGUGUUCGCUGAACGUAAAGAAAACCACGGGAUCCACAUUUCGCCACAGUUGACCCUCGCAACAUUCCAGUACCUCAGCACAGCUAUCGACGCCUUCAAGCCUGAAAUAAUUUCCGAGACGAUACUCAGACGACUGCUGAAGCAAGAUAUUAUUUUCCAUGUCAAAGUGAAAAACAAGGAGAAGGCGCGCCAUGAUCCCCAAACAAUUAUUUAUACUCAGGGGAAAGCUGUAGACUACUUUGUUCUCAUCUUGGAAGGCAGAGUGGAAGUUAUUGUCGGUCGUGAGAACCUCACCUUCGAGAGCGGGCCUUUCACUUACUUUGGCACACAGGCUCUGAUGCAGAAUAUUGGAGUUGCCGACUCGCCCACGUCGACGACCCCCAACAACGUGGGCAGCCUGCAGUCCAUAAACCUGGACGCGCUGAUGCGGGUGACCUUCAUCCCCGACUACACGGUGCAGGCCGUCACGGACGUGUUCUACGUGCGCAUCAAGCGCUCGCUGUACCUGGCCGCCAAGCGGGCCACGCUCAUGGAGAGGGCCAGGAAGAACUCGCAGACAGACGAACACUUCGACGACGAGGUCGAGAAGCUGUUACAUUCCUUGGAUGAUGACGAGAGAAGCCAUGGACUUGAAACGCCAUCUCUGGCUGCUACAGCGAAGGAUGAUGCUAGCAGCAAGUUGCAGAGCGAGAAGGACCUCCUGCAGGAGGCGAUCGCGGCCGCGGAGCACCCGUCGGGGCUGGCCAACGACAUCCGGGCCCUCGCGCUCAGCCCCCGCUCGGCCGCGGGCGCCCCGAGCGCAAGCUCGCGCUCGCUCAACGCCACGGAGCCCAGCGGCGCCGGCAGCAGGUCCCCCCGGGGGCACAGUCCCUCCAGGAGCAUCGCCGGCGAGGCCCCGCGCGCCUCCCCGGAGAGGUCCCUCGCGGGGGGCUCCAGAGACGUCGCGGCCACAGAGGAGGAACGGACAGUUUUGCUCCCCGCGGACACCGCGGAGAAGUCGUGAUCGAACAGCGCGCGCCCCGCGGGCCGAGUAGAAUCCGGGCUGUAUGGGCAUCAGGGACAAAAAUUUGUACUUAAGUUCGUAGCAUGUUGCAGUAGGUCCUCGGUGUUUGCAGUAAUUUGGUGGUAAUUCAGUGGUGCAGAACUACAAUAUUGAAAGAACCCCUUGUUUGUAAAAGUUAACCCUUCAUAAAACUAGCGUCCUGGAAUUGAGGGCCGAACGUUUUCAUUUGCAUUGUAACUUCAGGUUAUCUACCUAUAAUGGUUAUAGUUCUAGAUUACUGGGUUGGGUUUGCAUUAAUCUUUUUUUUUUUGGUUUACGUUGUCAGAAUCCAUUUGUGUGACGUCAAAAGCAAACAAAGACAGGUUGCCGUAAUCAAGUGCAGCUAAGCUGCCGUAGUACAUGAAGCGAGAGAGAAUUGUCUGCCCCAUUUGUUUGUUGCAACGAAAUAUUCCAUCUGUGAUUACUUUCCAUAGUUUUGGUAACUGCACCUUUUUAGUUUUUUUUUUUUUUUUUUGUGUCUGUUGACACUUGUAGUAGUAAGUAGCUUACUGCAUUAACUAACUAUUGUGUUGUAAAUAAUUUUGUGGCAUUUGGUGCUAAAAUGUGGGUAUUCAUACAGGUUUCUGUGUUUUCAAUUCCCCUAAUAAGAAUAAAAAUUGUUAAGACUUCAUUACGGUAGGUAACUUAAAGCUGAGGUAAGAUGUUUUAUCAUUACAUAUUAGUGUUGAAUUAUGUAGGUGUAAGUAGAUUUGAAUUGUUUUGAAGUGUUAUUAUUUUAAGGAUGUUCGUUCCAGUUUGAAAUUGGAAUUUUAGCAGUUAUUCUUAACAUGUUAUACCAGUAUAAAUGCUUACCAGUACAUUGAUUCACUCUUCUUAAUUAAAUAUUCAGUCCAAGCUGAUUGUAGCUGCAAAUUUUAGGAAACGUCCAGUGUUGUAAAAUAUUUUUAUAGUGAAAUGGUUAAAGUGUGCCGAGAACAGUAAAAACCUGAAAUGACAAUAAUGUUGGUUUCUGACACUUGCGAUAAUGAUGGUAUGGUCAUGUGAUCAAGUAGACUAACUAUACACAGUAAAAUAUACACUACCCACAUUGUUAAAUUGAUCUCCUAAAAUCCUUGGUUGAUUAGAUGCAGAAUGUGUGUACCUUUUUAUAAUGACUGUGUGCAUGAAAAGUAAAACUGUGAAAGUAAAGUAUUUAUGCAAAAUCAAUGUAAAACUGAUGUCCACUUCAGUCAAUGGAGUGAAAUAUAUUUUAUUGUUCUUAUACAUCAGUUUUGCAUAGUUUGUGUAAUAAUUUUGUAUUUUUAGAUGUGUAUUGUUUUUGUAUAAUUUUCGUCAGUAAUGCAGGACUUUUUCCAUCUCUCUCAUAUAGGAUUUGUUUAAAGAAAAAGAAAAAUCUAGCUGUUGGUUCUGUGUUACAAUAAGUAGAAGAAAACAAGACAACAUAGUUAUCAAUAAUUUCAGGCAACAACUUGUAACUAAAAACAAUUAAAUAUAAAUUAAUUAUUGUUAAAAGUGUUUAACCUAUGGAUAAUAAAUUUAUUAUAGUUA